CCGCGAGCUAACCUGCCCAGCUGCCUCCUCCGCCUCUGAAGGCAGCCGAGCGGAUCCGCGAAUGAGCCCCGCGCCUCCAUGCAUCUCCCGUGGCCGCGAUGGCAGCGACAGAAACGACGGCGGCAGCUAGCCCCCUCUCUUGCCACUACAGGAGGAUGCUGAAGCUGUUCGGUGCACUGGUUAUCCUCGGACUGGCCCUGGCGUGCAUCACCUCCUGGGUGCUGGACAGCUAUGACACGGCUUGGCACCCGAAACGGAGCGUUCGGCACCCGCCUGCCGCUGACGGAGAUAAAUCCAAGGGGAGUUCUCCACCAUUUCCCGGCGGCCAGUUGAACAAUAUAUUCUUGUUUUUACAGGUGUCUGACAUUCACAUUAGCCGAUUUCAUGACCCAAGGCGCAUUCCUGAUUUUGAAAAGUUCUGCACUGACACCAUUGAAGUGAUCAAGCCGGCUCUAGUGCUCGCAACAGGGGAUCUGACCGAUGCUAAAACAGAGAGUAAGGUGGGUUCCCUCCAGCAUGAGGUGGAGUGGCAGGCCUACCACAACAUACUGAAGAGGUCGCGUGUGAUGGAGCGCACUCGGUGGAUAGACAUCCGGGGGAAUCACGAUGCCUUCAACAUUAUUUCAUUGGACAGUGUCAACAAUUAUUACCGGAAAUAUUCGGCUAAUCAGAAAGUAGGCUCUUUCCACUAUGUUCACAAAACUCCCUUUGGAAACUACUCCUUUGUCUGCGCGGAUGCCACUCUGACUCCAGGACCCAAGAGACCGUACAAUUUCUUUGGUAUUCUCAACCAGACACAAAUGGACUUGCUGGACACGUUCAGAGUUGAGAGUCUGAAAAGCAACCAGUCGAUCUGGUUUGGCCACUACACCACCUCCACUGUCGUCUCCCCUUCUCCAGGAGUUCGGGACAUGAUGAGAUCUGCAGUUGCCUAUCUCUGUGGCCACCUGCACACACUGGGUGGCCUGAUGCCUGUCCUCCACAGCCGACACCCCCAAGGCACCCUGGAGCUGGAGCUGGGUGACUGGAUGGACAAUCGCAGGUACAGGGUUCUGGCCUUUGACCAUGACCUGCUGAGUUUCUCUGACCUGAGGUUUGAGCAGUGGCCGGCAGUGCUCAUCACCAACCCCAAGGAUGCACAGUACCUGCAUCCAGGAGUGGAGCCGCUGGGUCGGAUACGGAGAUCGACGCACAUCAGGAUCUUGGCCUUCUCUGAGGCUCCUAUCAUAGCGGUGCACGUGAGCGUAGAUGGGGAACCUCUGGGGAAAGGCUACUCUGCCGGUGGUCCUCUGUAUGUUCUGCUAUGGGAUCCAUCCAGCUACCUCACUGGACUGCACACAAUCAGAGUUAAAGUGGAGGACUCGGCAGGCCGGUCGACAGUCCGGGAGCAGCACUUCACUCUGGAGGACGACCUGACUCCCAGCUUCGGGUUUGUGCAGUCCUUCAUCCUCCUCACAGACCACUACAUCCUGGGCCGAGUGGCCUUUGCGUUCAUGAUGCUGCUGAACGUCGGUGUGCUGCUGGCCUUUAGGUUCCUGCGUGUUCCCUCUGGCAGAGGGUUGAAGUCUCAAGCGUGUAUGUCGCUCCAUCUGGUCAGUAAAAUGGACACUUUCUACUACUCCCUGCUACUGUUCAACCUGUGUACAGCCUUAGGUCCGUGGUUCAUAGGAGAACUGAUAGAUGGCCAUAGUGGUGCCUGCUUCGCCUUUGGGGUUUUCAUCGACGGACACUUCCUGGAGGGCAGUCUCACUUAUGUUGUUGGAGUUGUUCAACUGCUGUUCUUCAACAUGCCCCUCACUUCUUACCUAUGCUGGAGCCUCCACCACCGUUGCCGUGGCAACACCUUCCGAUCCCACUUCCUGCGGCCGGGCUGCCGCUGGCGGACUCUGGCGGUUCACCUCUUCAUGCUGCUGCUGCUCACAUGGCAGGCCCACUCCUGCUACUUUCUCCUGGAGACCUACGGCCCCAUGGCCUUUUUCCUGUCUCCUGUCCGCACGUGGGCAUUGGGGCUCAGUCUGCUAUUGGUCUACCGCGCCUGGACAGGCCCUGCCCCUCUCAUUCGUGACAACAGCAAGAGCGUCUCUCCCUCUUGACAGUAAUUGCACUGUACCAUCACCAUUUCCCUUGAGCUUGACUCACAGAUAUAUUUUGCCGUCUUUAUUGACCCUGAAAGCCUCAAUUUUCCCCACACAGCAGCCCUUUCCUUUCUUUCUCUCCUUCCACAGCCACUUCACAGUACAUCACUCAUCAUCCUGUUUAUAGAUAAUAUUGUUUACUUAAUAUGCAUGUUAUUGUAAGGCACCGGUGAGCACAUUUCUGGCCAUAUUCAUAGCAAUGUGUACAGUGAUUAAAAAACAAAAACAAAAAAAAACAACACCUCGGAUAAGGGUUAAAUAGCCUAUUUGAGCUAUGAGAGGACUAGUCCAAUGUAUGCUGCAGUUGACAGUAAACUGUAUGAGAGCUGUAUUCUGCUGUGGUUUAAGAUGAGUCAUUUACUUGAGCUUUAGCACUUUUUGGAAGUGUUGCCUUGGCCAAAUGCCACUUCACCACUGCCAAAGGACGAAUAAGAAAGAUUUCACCUUUUUAUUCUUCCCGCUGCAAACCAUUUUCAUUCUCUAAUGAAGGCUGGAUGUGCCAAACCGAUCCCGGAGUUUACCUUCCUACACAUAAAUCAUGUGGAUAAUAAAGGUGUACACCUCAUUUUAUAUACAGAAAGCUUUUCCUAACUUCACAUAGUUACUUUGGUGGAGAUGACAUACAGUAGUGCAAUCUUGACUAUCAUAUUUUCAAGUUUAUUCUACACAUAAUUACAGGAAAUCAAAGGAAAGAAAUUAUAAAUCAAUCACUGUAGUUGGUCUGUGUACAAUUAGUUAAUGAUUAAAAAACUUCUAAAUAUUCAUAUUGGAAUAUUCAUAUCAAAAACAAUGCCACUUUUCACCAAAACACAGAAGCUGGCCUGACUCUUCAUGCUCCUUCAAACAUGACCACAGAAAGCAGCUGUUUGUUUCUCAGGAAUGUGAGCUCUUGAACCGUAGGCUGGUCCCAGUAGAAUUUCAGGACAAUGUUUUUAUAUUCCAUAGUAGCUCAGUGAACUAAAAACCAUGUUUGAAAAUCCAGAUGUGUGGUUGCUAUAAAACAAAAAAAACAAAAUGAAUGUGUUAUAGAUGGUGAUGAAAUGAGAUGAACCAGCAAUAUGCUGUUUUUUUUAUUUAUUCAUUGAGUGUAUUGUGUGAUUUCUUUAUUUUUUUCCCUCGUUAUAAAACUGCACUGGAAAACGGGCAUUCUUCACCUCCCUCACAGUGAGUAUGGUUAGGAAGAUAUAAGAGCUCUUCCCUGCACUGGAAGUUAAUCUGACAGCUUUGUGUGUGAAAACAUGUUUGUCUAUAUUGUUUAGAAUGUUAAUCCCUUUUUUUGUGAAGGUGUGAGAGCGGUAAACUGUAUCUGUUGCACUCUAAUUCAGUCCUUUCUAGCCAGUAGUAGCAGGUGCCCGGAUUCCACGAGAACAAACUCAUCUAAAACAGUACAUACAUAGGGUGAAGACCACAUUUAUCAAGUCUUUUAAUAGGAGCAAUGUUCCAGCAGUGUUACACCAUAGUAUUUUUUUCUUUGACCCAUUCCCCGUGUGAGUGCAGAAUAAUUGCACAGUGCUGUUAUAAGACAUGGAGUUAAAUAUUAGAACACUUGCCAGACACUGAGAAAAAAAUUAUAUGCAGUCAUGAUGUUAAUGGUGCAAUAACUUUUUUCCUCUCUUCAUAGACAGUUCUUUUUCUUUUGUACAGGAGCACUACCGAGUGUACAAUUCCAGCAUAAAGACUGAUAUUUGAAAUGUACGGACUUUUGUUAUUUGAGUAUUCUUCUCUAACAAAGCUCAAUACCUCUCACAAGCUAUGUAAUCUGUCCACAAGGAGGCAGUAGUGAAUGGAUUUAGAGGGUAAUGAUUGACAACUGUGCUGCAUUUCACUUCCACCUCCAAAUUUGAAUGGGGCUGUGACUUAUUUACAUAUAUAUAUAUAUAUUUAUUUUUUUUUGCAGAAAAUCACCAAAAGUUCCAAAGUUUAUUGAUAUUCACUAAUUCUUGGUUUACUAUAAAUUUGGUUGUGAUUGUUCUGUACAUCGAAUUGACUGUUCACAAGAAAAACAGACAUCGAUUCCACCACCACUACAUACCUGGGAAGAAAUAUACUCUAAGUGAUGUACUGGGGUUCACUUGACUUAUCCUGCAUCCCAUCCUAUGUUCAGAUACUAAUGUAUAUGAAUGAAGAUGACGACUUUACACCUGCCACACAUUUUUUUUGUGACAACUUAGAGCCAACCACAAUUUUAUUUUAAUGGUUUAUAAUGCUGUGGAAUAAAAAUGUUCAUUACAGUAAAUCAUAUACUUUGUCUACAGGUCAUUGUUACAUAAUUUUACACAGGAGUGAACAUGAAUAUGGAGCCCCCACACUGACAAAAUGCAGUUAAAAAAAAAAAAAAAGAUGAGUCUA